GCUCAGUCGCCCUCGGUCGGCCGCCCGUAGCGCCGCGCGCGGCUGCCCCGCGCACUAAACAUAACCUCACGGCCCACUGAACUACCACUUAUUUUACUCCCAUAAAAACGUAUACCCUCCCCUAUAUCCCCUUCCUUUAUAAAAUAAGAAACAUAACCAAUAUAACUAAAUAUAAUUCACAUUAAAAUCAGUGCAAUCUUUAAGAAGUCAACUGUGUGAAAGGAAUCAAAACAAAGGUAUAUCGAUUCACUGGUUUCAUCUGUACUGAAUGGGUGUUAUUAGAUACAAGGGUUCCGUAAAAUUUGUGCUGCAGAUGUUAUAACAAGAAGAACCGUAGCUGACAAGAAGAAUGUCGGAAAUUCGCAACAAAACAUUAGUAUUCACCAUAAAAGACAUACUGAACUGCAGAUAGAUUGAAGAGAUGGUUAACAACAACAGAUAGUACAAUAAAGGCAGGCCCUUAAAUAUAGGCAAUCGUCCUUAUUCUUCCUCAUUUCGUAGUGCUUCCUUUUCUGUCCACAACUACAUAAUAUAAAAACAACCUUUAUAAAUAUGUUAAAUCGUACCUAAAUAUUUAUACUUGUUUAUGUAGUGUUGUUGCGCUACAACUGUAACACAACAGCUUUUCAAGUGAUCAUAUCUUUUUGACAAUACGUCAGAAAAAUAAGUUUAGAUAAUAUUAUAUAGUAAACCCCAAAGUCAUAUCAAGUUGCCUUAAAUAGUUAUCGUAGAGUGCCAAAGGUGAAAAUAUUAUAGCGAAUUGAAGAUGUCUAACGGAGCGGUGAAAAGUGCGAAGAACGGGAACGGCGGGCAGGUGCCGGACUCUCCGAGAUAUGAAUCCGUCAGCCUGGCGCCUCCCCCAGAUGGGGGCUGGGGCUGGAUGGUGGUCUUCGCUUCCUUUAUGAUCCAUAUCGUCACCGAUGGCAUGACGUACUCGUUCGGGGUGUUCUAUGCGGAGUUCCUGACCUACUUCGACGAGGGCAAAGGCAAGACUGCAUUGAUCGUCUCCAUCCUCGUAGGAGUCACGCUUAGUUCAGGGCCUAUAUCAAGUUCCUUUGUGAAUCGAUGGGGUUGUCGUUCUGUGACAGUCGCUGGCGCGUUAUUAUCUGCGGUGUGCGUCGUUGCAUCAGCUUAUGCGAACAACGUGAUCACACUCAUUGUAACUAUCGGCAUAGGCACCGGUUUAGGAUUUGGACUCAUAUACCUGCCUGCUAUCGUCAGCGUUACUGUAUGGUUCGAACGCUAUAGGAGUCUUGCAACUGGUAUUGCUGUAUGUGGCUCCGGGCUUGGAACAUUCCUUUUUGCUCCGAUAACCAAAGCGCUCAUAACCGAAUAUGGAUGGAGAGGAGCUAUGGCCAUUAUCGGUGCCUUUAUACUCAACUGCGUGCCAUUAGGACUUAUGUUCCGACCAGUGCCUGAACUUCCGAGGACUCCCAUGACAGAACCCAUGCUGCCGAAAUCCAAUAAAUCGCCAUUAAAAAGAUCACAAAGCACAGAACAUGUAGUUAGAGGUAAUGGAAAAACGGAAGAAAAUGAUGUGGCAAGGCUGACCCUUUCCCAACCAGCACUAUAUAAACCCCAAGAACAAAAAUUACGCAGGCACUCUCGACAUGGCAGCGGAAUUAUGCAAAGACCUGACGUAUUAUACCAAGGAAGCAUGACGAGUUUAGCAAAAUUCAGAGCGCCAUCACCAGAAAGAACUCUCCACACGUCAAUCGAAGAGCGUGAACAAAGAUGCGGAUGGUUACCAUGUCCAUCCGAAUUUAAAGAAGCUCUGUCAGAAAUGCUCGAUCUUUCUUUACUUGUAGACCCCAUAUUCAUUUUAUUUGCUGUGUCAAACUUUUUAACUAGCAUAGGAUUUUAUAUUCCGUACGUUUACAUAGUGCCUAUGUGUAAAGACAAAGUAAUACCAAAUCCCGAAUAUCUGAUCUCUGUGAUUGGUGUAUCAAACUUAGUAGGAAGGAUUAUCUUGGGAUAUAUCAGCGACAAACCUUGGGUGAAUCGAUUGCUUGCUUACAACGUGUGCCUUACUAUUGCAGGCGUCAGUACUGCUUUGUCCAUGAUCUGUUGGGAGUUUUAUGGCUUGGCAAUAUAUGCAACACUAUUUGGCUUCACAAUUGGUGCCUACGUGGGGCUUACUUCUGUGGUGCUAGUUGACCUUCUGGGUCUAGAAAGGCUCACGAACGCAUUUGGUCUUCUACUGCUGUUUCAAGGCAUCGCUUCACUAAUUGGACCGCCAUUUGCAGGUUGGCUGUUCGAUGUUCUGGAUUCAUAUGCUCCUGGUUUCUACGUAGCAGGAGCUACCAUUGCAUUAAGUGGUCUGAUCCUAUUCUUUAUACCUUUGAUCGAGAGACGGAUAAAUCAAAGCCAAUGGGACACAGAUAUUGUCAUGGAGGAAAUUUAGCAGGAUGCCUUGGGAGGGGCUAAGCACGAUUAUCCACUUAUUGUACUUUACAGUCCUUCCACACCAUCCUACACGGGUUCUUCGGAGGAUACUUACAGCAACAGGGUAUAUACUACUACAAUAAUAGAAGAGAAUAAUUUUUAUAACGACGAUAGGUAGCCGCCUUGUAAAUAUUCAUGAAGUGAUGGAUGAAUGCAAUGAACAAUUCAGCGACUUCCAAGCGCAUUCCAGAGCUAGUGUGGGUAGUGAAUGUGGAAUUAAAAAAAAUAUUAUAACUACGACAGUGAAAGAGGGCGUGUGAUUUAAUAUCUUUAUUUAGUUUUUAAUUAACACAUUUAACGUUUAACCUGGCGACAUGCCAGUUCUAAGAAUUGCAACCAAUUGAUUGUUUAAUAAAUAGUUAUAAGAAUAUUUGGCUUAACAUACGAGUAUGUAUGAUGUAUUUCUACGUGAUCACUACGAGAACUAUAAUGUUAUUGUUAAUAAUUUGAAACACACAGAUUUUUAUAUAAUAUAUCCUAGUAGACAUUCUACAGCACUCGUAAGUAAAAUGAUUGAUAGGCAAUACUGUGGUUUGUUUGUAUGCUAACGAUGUAUUGUGUGAUGUAUGAUGAACGAGAAUUUUCUUCAUAACGGCCUUACUGUGGACCAAUCGUAUUAGAGUGUAUGAGGUCCAAUAUACUUCUUCAAGCAUAUUCUAUGCUUUUGUGAUAGAUCAAUCUUCAGCCAUUUGUUUCUUCUUUACAAAGAUAAUAUCUUUCAAUUUGUGUUCAUUAUCAUUAUAACAUAUUUUAUUUCGCAUCCCUCCCUUUUUACGAACACUUUACAUAAGAUACUAUAUUUGACUGAUUUAGAUAAAUCGAUGUAUAUACUGAACUGUGCUAUAUUCUUCGUACAAAUUUAAUUGUCUUUGUAAAAUAUUGUUGUUAUUCUAAUGUAAUCGUAUGUAAUACGGUUACAGUGUACAUUGACGUUACCACACAAAAUAAUUAUAUUAAACUAUACUGGAAUUGCAGCUUACUUUUUUCAUACAUAUUUUAUUUAAGUAUUUCCUCUAGGUUUACGAUUCUACAUUCUAACGAUUACAUUUAGAGAUUAAUAACGGUAAAAGUGCGUCUCAAAACACGAUUCCACUAUAUUAUUAUUAAUAAAAGUACAAAAUAAAAUUAUAGAUAUGUAAGAAGACCUUAAUUUACUCACAACUACUUAAAGUUUCUCAAAGAAUAUGUAAUAUCAUUUAAAUACAAAAUAGAAAUCUUUAGGCAAAUAUCAAUCUGGACUCCGAAGAUUACGGCCCGGUUGCAAGACCUUUAGGCCAAUGUAACCAAUCGAAAGGCAGUAGAGUGUUUGACUAGCGUCAUAAUAGAUAUUUUAAUUACCAAAAAU